CAAAACAGUCGGUGCGCAACCAUCUUGUCAAAACUGGAGUCGGACACAAAUAAAUAUUAUAAAAUGUCCUAAAUCGCUCGUAAUGACAUAACAUUAUCUUCGUAUUUAGUAAAGUAUUGUGUUUAGUUUACGUUGGUGUUGUUUUCAACGCGGUUAUUAUACAUUUUGCUCAAUAUUUCGAGUUUUGUGUUGCGUCAAAUGACGUCAUGUAUGUGAUUAUUAAACACGUAUCGUGGCUGUCGAGUUUGUAGUGAACCAUGUUAGAGCAGGACGGCGACAGCGAGCCGGCGCACCACGCGCGCCGGCCGAUGAACGCGUUCCUCAUAUUCUGCAAACGUCACCGGAGCGUCGUGCGCGACAAAUACCCUAAUCUCGAGAACAGAUCCAUUACGAAGAUUCUUGGAGAAUGGUGGGCCAAUUUGGAUAAAGAAGAGAAAGCCUGCUAUACAGGUCUUGCUAAACAGUACAAAGACGCGUUCUUCAGCGCCAACCCUGACUUCAAAUGGUACAAGCUCCCCGCGCCGCCGCUCCGCACCCACACCUCCCGACCCAGAGAGACCAACGAAAAGGCAAGUGACUCUCCCGACAUAGAAUACCACGAGGUUGAGCUAGAGAAAACCAACAACAACUCCACCAAGGUCGACCUCAACAAGAAGCCUAUUGACAAUGCCUUCGAAACCGACUCUAAAACCCUAUCCAUGUUCACUCCCGGAAAACUGGCCGACGAAGCCCAGAUGGGAGGCCUGAGCAGCCUCCUAGCCGCCAAGACUGUAAACAAAACUCCAAACCCUUACUACUCACCUCAUUCUUAUAAAAUAAACACGAUCUCAAACGACAGAUCUCAUACUAUUAUAGAGGCGGAAAUGAAAGGUUUCACCCGUGAAGAGAUGCUGCAAGAUGCACUCUCGGAAACAUCUAAGAUUUUCGAAGAGUUCGAUGACCAAAAAGGUCGCCUUUAUUACAGCGCCACCAACGACCAACUCACUAAUCAGGAUGUCAUCGAUCAGAUUGUUGAAAAACGGUACUCUAGAGACGACGAGUACAGCUACCAGCAACAUUGGUCCGAAGACGAAAAAAAUAUGAGAUCUGACAGAUCCUGCAAAGGGAAGAGGUACCAGGAGUUCAUGGCUGGAGGUGGACUGAUAGUUAACAAGAGGCAGAAAAGAGAUUACUCCGACAAGAUGCCAGACGAAAACUACAACGCCUCAUGUAGUUGGGAGCCUGGUAAUCCGCGCAGCGAUGAGUUCUUAGCUUACGAUACGAAACAAUCUAUGUCACCUAACGAAACACCGGUCGAAAGCGAAUUUAAACCCGACGACACCGAAGCACCCAAAGCAGACAAUAACUUAAACAAACCUUUUAAGGCUGCAGAUUUUGAUUUAGACGCGAAAAUUAAAGCGUUGCCCUCACUUAGUUUAGAAAAGUUCCAGCAAAAGAAACGCGAGAACAAACGCAAGAAGAAGACUAACAAUGUGAAACCGAAAUCGUUCGAAAGCUCCCACAUAGUCAACUCCGUUCCUAGGCCUUACCCGAACGACCGGUGGGAGACGGCCGACUCCUGGCGCCAAAACGUCAUAGGCAGUCAGAAACGAAAACCAAGGAAAAUCAGCAUCACAAGGCUCGAGAUUAACAGUUUAAUUUCUAGCGUAGAUUUAAAGGCAGCGCACAACAUCAGCCCUGAAUUCAAGAUCGCCACGGAAGCGCCUUGCGGCGUCCAAAACAUGGAGAUGCAUAAAUCUCCUGGCAACGUCGACUUGCUGGCACUGGCCACGCUGGCCGAAGUCGCAGCGAGCACGUCCAAAAUAGAAGAGGCGUCCAUCGAAAACAUUAUGGCCGCCAACCAGGGCUAGCACGCUUCCAAGGUAUAACAUACCAACACCACUAGCCUUAAAAAGAUAUUCCAAAAAUUAUUUACUUCAUAAUCAGAUAAUAUUUAUAUAUAGAUCUACUUUUACAUACGCAUAAAGAUUAAUAUUAUUGUACACUUUUAAUUGUAGUUUUUAUAAAGUAGAUAAUAGAUUUUAUUUAUAUGGAAAUAAAAAUCUAUAUAUGUAUACUUUAGUUGAGUACGGCGUUUAGGCUGCUACGUUCUGCUUUAUUAGGAAUAAAGGGUGAUAGAUAGGUAAUUAUUGAUAUCACACAAAAUAAAAAAGAAGGCAUAAUCUUAUAUGUUUUAAGGAAUACAAAAGUAAUCCCCAAGAUAGAGUAUAUUUAUGAAAUAACACGUUCCGAGACAAAACGUGAUUUUUCUAAACGGAGCGUGUUUUUUUUCAUGUAUUCAUCACAAUUUACUAUAAGUUAUGAAUGCCAAACAUAAGUCAUUAUGUAAGUAUAUACAACCUCAUUAUUUGUUUUCGUAAACAUUAGUUUAUUUAAAUCGCCUUAAUUUAGAUUUAAAAAUGAAUACCAAGACACCACAGGCAUAUACUGCAUUGCAUUUUUAAAGGGUGUUAAAUUUCGGUUAGCACGUCGUGCAUGCAGGUUUCAGAAAUUUAUUUUUUAUAUCGACGAUUUUUUUGCGUGUAAAAUUAAUCAAGAUACGAAACAUCGUCCCCUUCCUUGGGUUUUUGUUAGUAAUCAGCAAGGAGCGGAAUGGUCAUAGCAAAAAUUCAAAUAUCAAAGGGAGAGACUAACUGAUUUUAUCGACAAUCGAUAACUGACACAGCACGACAAUGAGACGAAUGGCAUUUUUUUUUUAAUUUUGAUUAAUUUUUAAUACUAUAAUUAGGUGUCUUAAAUAUUUUAAGGGACAAGUGUUAUAAAAUAAACAUAUCCCACAUAAAUAAAUAUUCUGCAUCAGCAUCAGGUAAAGUACAUAAAAUUAAAUAGAAUAAAACAGUAAAACUAGCAUUUAAAUUAUAUUUCAAACGUUUUCGGCAUGAGUGGAAAAUCGAAAUCGUACCGAGUACUCGGUGAAAAAACAUUGAUAACUGGAAAAAUUGAUUAAACUAUAUGUUCUGGUCAAAUGAAAGAAUGGCUUCCAUCUUAUUAUUUUUUUAUUCUAUUUAUUUGACGUGCUGCGUUGGUUAUCGAUAGUAGAUAAAAUAUAUUGUUCUCUCCUUUGACAUAAGGAUUUCUACAAUGACGAUUCUUCCCCUUGAAUCAGAAAUUUAUGGAAACGUUGUAACGUUUAGUUGAACGCUAGUUAUCCUAAAGGCCUUGCAAGCCGGCCAAAUUUAUUUGUGAGUAAAACUCGCAAUUUAGCACUUGUGAUAAACCUUUUCUAAGAGUUAGAUGAUAAUUAUGUUUCUCUUAUCAAUUUUUACUUUCACUCAUUCUCUUUUAUAAAUUAUUGUUUAAUAAAUGGAGAUAUCUACAUUUUACUUACUAAAUCGUAUUUAAAAGAACAUUCUCAUUUUAUUAACUCUUCAUUGUUUACUAAAUAUACAAAAUAAUUGUAUCCCUUUAGGUACCUGAAAUUCAACAAAAACUUCAUGUGUAUCAUGAAACAAAAAAAAAUUACGAACUUUGUAAUUUAAGUUAUUUUAACCAAUUUUAAGUUCACACCAUUGUCACUAGCUUACUUUCGGAACAGUGUUUCUCAAAUUGUUUUCUUUUUCUUAUUUAUUUGUGAUGGACUUACUUUUUCUGUGAUUUAUUCUGUCGCCUAUGGAGUUUCCUGAGGCCAUGAGCUUCUGUUGCAGGUCUAGUCUAGAAUUUGUAUUGAAAUAAUCAAGUACUAAAUUGAAAAGUGCACUUAUAUUUUUUAAAGUUACAGACAUAGACACGCGCCAUAAUGUGACAUGCUCAUCCAAAGACCAAAUGUAUUUAGCAUAGUAUAGCUAGGUAGGUACUGUAUAAUAUUAAAUGAUAUAAGUAAGUGGUACAUUAUAGUAUCUAUCAUAUUUAUAUGUAAAAAAAAACAUAGUUAUAUGACAUUGCAAAUGUCAAUUUUUUUUGUUAAAUGUAGCUUGUUGCAUUUUUGUUUUAAAAACCAUGUACUCUUCACGGAGCUUAAAUUUAUUUGUUGGUUUUUUAUAUAAAGAUUUAUGGAUUGUUACGUUUUAAUUGAAAAUUGGUGAGCUUUUUAAAGUUCCUAAAUGAGAUUUAAAAUUUGGCUUGGUCAGUAUAAAAUCUAACAUCACAAUUACUGAAUGUCUUAUGAGAAAAUGAUUGCCUUGUGUAAGACGAAGCCUUAUUUUACCGCACUAGAGUUAAGAAAAGUUGAAAUGGGGCCAGUCUGCGGUCGGCGCGAUUCGCACUUGUUCAGGAUCGAUCGUGUAAGGGUAGUAAAGAGGUAGGGAAGUAAAAGUAAUGGACUCGUUAAGUGUAAAUUAAUUAGUCAGAAGUACCUUUUGACGCACUAAGUCCAUUAUCGUAUUGGUGCUAAGAGAUCUGUUUGUCAAAUUUCAUUUUGAUGCCUCCAUUGUUAAACAUACUUCUAUUUAUCGCAAUGGAUGGUUUAUAAAAAUGAUAUUAUCGAAUUUUUGUUAAUUUUAAGCCAUCGCUCGCAAUCAGUUUUCAUUAAUUAAGUAAAUAAAAUUAUAUUAUUCAACUCGCAACUUGGUUGCGAGAUGAAUACAAUUGUUUCGUUGUUAAAUGUUUGAGAAACACUGAUCUAUACUUUUUAUUAGUUAGGCCAUAGGGCAUAAUAAAGUCGGCACCCAAAGUGUAUUUGGUUCCAAAGUAUAUAUUGUUGAAUGUUUUGUUACUGGAGAAUGUGGUUCGAUAAUUAUUAUAUCCUUUUAUUGUAGAAAUAAAGUUUAUUCAUAUUA